AUGGAAGUUCUGAGGCUUUUUAUUGUUUGCCUUUUGUGCUGCUCAGUAUCUGCUGAUGUGCAAAUUACUUCAAAUCAAAAUCUAUCGGAAUUAGCAAUAGCAUUUUCUGAAAUAUCUCAAGGACUUCAAGCAUCACAGACCAUUACAAUUUUAAAUUCUGAAAAUCGUAAAUCGAGCGCAUUCAACGAGCUUAUUAUGGAAAUUCAUCGUCUUCAGCUUCAGACGUGCAUAUUUAAUGACACUGAGAGAUUCUUUGGAUACGUUAAAAAGAAUCUGAAGGGCUCGGUUGAAGUUACAGCACUGAUUUUCCAUAAACCUGAUUAUCUCAUUCAGAAGAUCCAUGAAAGAAAUCUCGCUCAUCGACUGAGUCUUUACAUUUUCUAUUGGAAUGCAAAGCAUUUGCCUGCAUGUUAUAAGCAAUGGAACCUUCAAGAUCCGCUUCGUGCUGCAUUUAUUACAAAUCCAAGGAAUUUUACUUAUCGCAUUUACUACAAUCAAGCAACAUCAUCAAAUGAUGGGAAAUUAAAGCUUGUCAAUUGGUUUGAUGGAAAUAACCUUGGCUUGAAUACAGAACCACUUUUGCCUGACAUUAAGCAAGUCUUUAAAAGCUUCAAUUCUCGUCAUUUUGUUGUUCCUAUAACUCAUAGUCCUCCGUGGAUCUUCAUAAAUUAUAUUCAACAACGUGACAAUGACGAUGCCAAUUUAUCAUCAAUGCCUGCAACUAUCUCAAAUGACAAUAACAUUAUUGAUGAUGAAAUGAUGAUGAGCGAGGAAAAGUUUGUGAAUGAAACAAAAACAGACAAAAAGGACAAUGAGGACGGUAGGAACACAAAUAAGAAACAAUUGGUUGUAAGUGGAAGGGAUGAUGUGCUGUUAAAGUUACUGGCAAACAAAAUGAAUUUCGAAUUCGAAUAUAUUGACGUGAAAAUGAUGGAAUCAAAUGAGAACGUGACGAUGGCUGGUGCAUUGGGAUUACAAAUGCUCCAAAGACGAGAAGCAGAUUUUGUGUUUGGCGAUAUCGUUGUCACUUACGAACGAAUGCAGGAAGUUGAAUUUUCAUUCUUUACACUUCCUGAUUCCGGGGCAUUUCUCACUCAUGCUCCACGUCGUUUAAGUGAAGCAUUUGCUCUUGUCUAUCCAUUUCAGAUGGAAGUAUGGCCUGCAUUGAUUUUUACAAUCAUCAUUACUGGACCCAUCCUAUAUUUUAUGAUAAUCAUACCAGAAUGGAUAAGGAACAAGAGAAGGAAAAGGAAAUUGUUGGAACAUCCUGCAAAAUCAUUCUAUAACAUGAUUUACAUUAAAGAGAUUACAAGGCAUCAAGCAAGAAACUUGAAAAAGCAUGUCACGACUACUACUGCUAUUGAGAACGAUAGACAAGUCAAUUCGGAAGGUCUACUUGCACGCUGUGUUUGGUUCACAUGUCAAAUCUUCUUAAGGCAAUCUACGUAUGUAUUAAGUGAUUUAUAUUCAGCACAGCUCACAUCACAAUUAGCUCGUCCUUCAAAAGAAUUACCAAUCAAUAGUCUUUAUCGUCUUGAAUAUGUCAUGAAUAAAAGCAACAGUGAUGGAUACAAGCUACUUGUUGAAAGAGAUUCAGCAUCACAUCACAUCCUGAUGAAUGGAACUGGGAUAAUGCAACGACUUUAUCGCCGGAUGACUAGUCAUACUGAGAAAAAUUCACAUUUAUUGGACUCAGUGGAACAAGGAGUUCGAACUUUAUUGAUGGAUGAUAAAACUGUCGUCUUUGCUGGACGUCAAACGCUGUUCUUUAACAUGAAACGAUAUGGAAUGAGAAAUUUUCAACUUUCUGAGAAACUUUUUACGCGCUACUCAGCAAUUUCAUUGCAAAAAGGAUGUUUGUUCCAUGACAGCUUGAAUGAGAACUUAAUGAAACUUUUUGAAGGUGGAAUUUUGGAUAAAAUCACUAGCGAUGAAUACGAGAGGAUGUUUCAAUCAAUGCAGGUAUUACAGAUAAAAAAUGAUAAGAAUAUUGAGAACAAUGAGGAAGUAGACGAUGAUAAAACUGAUACAGAAGAAGAAGUAGAAACGAACUCAAAUUCCAUCAAUGGAGAUGAAAAUCUGAAAAACAAAAUAACAAGCGAGAAGGAAUUGACAGCACUCAGCUUACGAAUGUUGCAGGGUGCAUUUUAUCUUGCUAUAAUUGGCUACAUUCUCGCGUUCCUUGUCUUUAUCGGUGAAAUUGGAUUUUUUCAAAUGAAUGGCACAUCCGCAUUGCCUUACACUUCAAUUACUAAUCGAUUACGCACAGCCUUGAUGAGAAUUUGUCGCUUACGAUUACAUCACUGA